GGGAGGAGGAGGAGGAGGGAGGAGACCGGAGGAAGGUGCUGGCUGAACGGGACACUCAUUCAUUGUUAGCGGGCUGAGGAGCAGCGGAGAGCCCGGAGCUACACGUGAAUUCCCGGCACAGCACUCAGAUUGGAGACUGUUCAUCAUCUCUGUCCCUGCCUGUCAUUGAUAAGAGGCGUCAUCGUAGAGGGAGGAGUGUGUGAGCCGCUCGCUCAGCAUCUUAAAGGACCACGGCCUCUCCCAGGUGAUGGAGGUCCUCUGACACACAGUGAUGGAUGAAGCCAGCUGCCACCAUGGCUGCCGCGUUGGAUUGUGCUGCCCAACCCAGGCUGUUUCCCUGUGAAGCCGAAGAGGAGGAAGAGACAACCAGACGGUCCUUAAGCCUCGCAGUUCCACCUUCCCUGUGAAUGAGCCUGAUGCUAACAGCGCUCGACCCCUUGUCCUAACCAGCCGUCACCUGGGUCCUUUCUCCCCCCCCCCCUCCUGUGACGGACCAGUCAUGGAUCUCCUGUGGGUGCUGUCAGCGUCCAUGCUGACGGUGUGCGUCGCCAUUCCCAUGGACGGGGCGGCGGAGAGCCACAGUCUGUUCACCUGUGAGCCCAUCACCCUGCGGAUGUGUCAGGGGCUGUCCUACAACUCCACCUUCAUGCCCAACAUACUGAACCACUACGACCAGCAAACCGCCGCGCUCGCCAUGGAGCCCUUCCAUCCCAUGGUGAACCUGCAGUGCUCUCCAGAGCUCCGGAUGUUCCUGUGCGCGCUCUACGCUCCGGUGUGUACCGAGUACGGCCGGAAGACGCUGCCCUGUCGCCGCAUCUGUCUGCAGGCCAAGAGCGACUGCUACAAACUGAUGGACAUGUUUGGUGUCAGCUGGCCGGAGGAGAUGGACUGCAACAGGUUCCCAGACUGUGACGCGCCCUACCCCCGUCCCGUUGACCUCCUGUCCAGCUCGGACACAACCGAGUCCCCCAUCGCCGUCCAGAGGGACUACGGCUUCUGGUGUCCCCGGGAACUCAAGAUGGACCCCGAACUGGGCUACUCUUUCAUGGGGGUGCGGGACUGCUCGCCCCCCUGUCCCAACAUGUACUUCACCCGGGAGGAGCUGGCGUUCGCCCGCUACUUCAUCGGGGUGGUGUCCAUCGUCUGCCUGUCUGCCACUCUCUUCACCUUCUUGACUUUUCUCAUCGACGUGUCACGAUUCCGCUACCCGGAGCGCCCGAUCAUCUUUUACGCCGUGUGCUACAUGAUGGUGUCCCUGGUGUUCUUCCUGGGGUUUCUGUUGGAGGACAAGGUUUCCUGUAACGCUGCGAGUCCUGGGAGGUUCAGGGCUUCGACGGUGACUCAGGGCUCCCACAACAAGGCCUGCACUCUGCUCUUCAUGGUGCUGUAUUUCUUCACCAUGGCCGGCAGCGUCUGGUGGGUCAUCCUGACCAUCACCUGGUUCCUGGCUGCUGUCCCCAAGUGGGGCAGUGAGGCCAUCGAGAAGAAGGCUCUCCUCUUCCAUGCCGGUGCGUGGGGCAUCCCCGGCGUCCUCACGGUCACGCUGCUCGCCAUGAACAAGAUCGAGGGAGACAGCGUCAGCGGCGUCUGCUUCGUGGGACUCUACAACUUGACGGCACUGCGUUGGUUCAUACUGGCCCCACUGGGACUGGACGUAGUGGUCGGUGUGGCGUUGCUCCUGGCCGGCAUCGCAGCUCUAAACCGGGUCCGGAUGGAGAUCCCGCUGGAGAAGGAGAACCAGGAGAAACUGGUGAAGUUCAUGAUACGUAUCGGCGUGUUCUCCGUGCUCUACCUGGUCCCCCUGCUGACCCUGCUGGCCUGCUACCUGUACGAGAGCAGCUACAGAGCAGUGUGGGAGACCACCUGGGUGCAGGAGCGCUGCAGAGAGUAUCACAUCCCCUGCCCCUACCAGGUGGAGAGCAACAGUCGUCCUGACCUGGUCCUCUUCCUCAUCAAGUACCUGAUGAUGCUGAUCGUAGGAAUCCCCUCUGUGUUCUGGGUGGGCAGCAAGAAGACCUGCUUCGAGUGGGCCAGCUUCUUCCACGGCAAGAGACGCAAAGAAGCAUUAACCCCCUCUCCCACCGCCUGCUCCACCCAUUCCUCCCUCCUCCACUACUUCACCCACCACCCCACCACCUUCCCCCUCUCCCUCCCCACCCUCCUCCGUCUCUCCCUGCCCACACUGCCCCCCUCCUCCUCCUCCACGCCCUCCUCCAUCCCAUGUUGCAGUGCGAUGGUCAACGACAGCCGCCAGGUGCUGCAGGAGCCCGACUUCGCCCAGCUGCUGCUCAGGGACCCCAACGCGCACAUCUCCAGGAAGUCGAGGGGCACGUCCACCCAGGGGACCUCCACCCACGCCUCCUCCACCCACCUGGCCAUGCUGGACGAGCCGCCCAGCGCCAGCACCAGCCGGGCCGGCUCGGUCCGCAGCGCCCGCUCCAAGAUGAGCAGCUACCACGGCAGCCUGCACCGCAACAGAGACGACAGAUACACAGCCUCCAGUUUCCGGGCCAUAGAAGACCGACUGCCCUACGGUAGCAUGCCUCGCCUCAACGACCAAUCACAGCCCAGGCACUGCAGCACCAAUCGUCUGGAAGGCCUAUCGCGACACGGCUCCACGCAGCUCCUGGAGAGCCAGUCGCGGCACAGCAGCGUCAGGGACCUGAGCAGCGCCACUCAGGCUGUUCUCUUCAACCCUGGAAACGGGAUCCACAAAGUCCUGGAGGAGGACGGCUCCACGGCCUGAACUCUGAUCCCAUCUGUGAGGAACACGUGACUGGAAGCUUUGAACUGAGGAGGAAAAACGGAUUUUCGGUCUUUUUCUAGAAGGAUGAAGAAUGUGUGAGGAUCCAGUGCGAGCGGGACUCUGAAGUAGUUUCACUGUGGGAUCCCCUCUUGUGCUCAGAGCUGCAGCACCGGACUGUUGGCGUUAGCUCGGCGACGGCUCCAUCCGUCCAAGUUCAGAGGACUGAGUGUGGAUCAGUGCCUUAAAACGAUCUCUCACCUUUACCUGAUCCCCAAACACUGAAGCUCAAAGUCCAGACUCCUGAUGGUGACGACGACGUUUCACUGUGGGACCAGCUGAGCUGAAACUGGGACCAACAGACUGCAAUGAACUGGCUCUUACUAUUUCAAUACUACUGUGUAUAAAGGACUCUGACCGUAGGACAUUACAAACCUCCUCCUCCAGUCGGUGCUCUGGGUCUGAGGCGCUCACUCAUCCACUUCAUUUGAUUUCUAAGUGCUUUACGAAGGACACUGGACUUGGUUUAGUUUCUUUAAGACGUUUCCCUUGUGGACUUCCAAGUCCAGUCACCUUUAGAAAACACUUAGAAGCAAACAGAGAAGCAGGGUGUUCUUUUUUUAAACUUACCUUUUUUUUAAAGAUUUUUAUUUACUACUUCAGCUUCUGAUGUUUCACAAUUAUUUUUAAGCUUCAUUUGUCUUAAGUUCUGUUAAAUGAACCUGCUGCAACUUUUAUUUAUAAAAGCACCCGAUUCAAAAGGUAACACAACUUUACAGAGCCAACAAGUGAGUGUGGAUUUUUGCCUUAAAACGUCCUCAUGGCUUUACACGACCCGCGAGCUAAUCCCAGAACUGACGUCAGUCCAGGUUACAGUGGAUCUCUUGGUCUCCAUGGCAACUUCCUGAUGGCAUCUGCCCUCUACAAACAAUGUAUGUGUCUCCUGACCUUUUCAAAAAGGCUCAUUUAAAACUGUGUCUAUUUUUGAGGUACGUCCCUGCACCUGUGCAGCUUUGUAUGUGAUGAUGAAGGGAAGAAAGUCUGUUGUUCGCCAGUUUGUGUCAAAGGGCUGAAAGACAGGGACACGAGCUGAAUCCAAACUCCUGCCUUAUUAGGACUGUGUGUUCAGACAGAAAGACGCAGCCAUCUUUACAAGUGAAAUUGUGUUAACUUGACAUGUGUCCGGAUCCUUUGUCAUAAACAUACAGUGAAGAAAAACAAAAUGGAAACAAGGUUGGAUUGAUAGAAACGACCACAGGAAGGUCCCGUGUCCAUUUCUCUUCAGUUUCUGUCUGAACACACGUUUACACUUUAAAACAGAUAGAACGCCCUUUAACUAGUCAAACACUGAAUAGUCUCUCCUGCUACUUGUGUCCUUACUGUAGAGCUACUGUAAAUGUUAGAGCAACAUUUCCUCUAGUGGCAAAACCUGUGCAUAGAUGUAUAAACUGAAUUUGGUUGUUCAUUUGAAAUAAAGUUGUUUUUUUA